AUGGCUUCACUUACAUCCCUCUUCACGGCCCUCCUCGCCUUCUUCUCCGUAGCCCAGGCAAUGCCCGCGCUGGCCACCGGAGCCCCAAGCCACCUGGAGCCCAGGAGGAUAGCAGCCCAGGCCAAGUACUUCUGGGAGCCCACGGGCAGCCUCGCCCGCCUGCACUACGACAUCCGCUACUUCAAGGAGGAGGUGCCCUACGACGAGCACCGCCUCGUCCUGCGCGACCUGAUCCGCUCCUACCUCGGCGUCCUGGACGCCCACGGCGCCGAGACGUGGCUGGCCCACGGCACCCUCCUCGGCUGGUGGUGGAACGGCCAGGUCAUGCCGUGGGACUACGACCUCGACGUCCAGGUCUCCAACGACACCCUCCAGUGGCUCGGCGACAACAUGAACCGCACCGAGCACGCCUUCGACGGCACCUCCCUCGUCGACGGCGCCGAGCGGCCCGCCACCAAGACCUACCUGCUCGACGUCAACCCCCACCACUCGGACCUCACCCGCGGCGACGGCGCCAACGUCAUCGACGCCCGCUGGAUCGACAUGCAGACCGGCCUCUUCAUCGACAUCACCGGCGUCCGCGAGCGCGAGGAGUCCCGCCCGGGCGUCUGGAGCUGCAAGAACUACCACCGCUACGACGCCCGCCAGCUCUGGCCCCUGCGGCCCACCGUCUUCGAGGGCGUCCCGGCCCUCGUCCCCUACAGCUACCAGGACAUCCUCACCGACGAGUACGGCCACAAGAGCAUCGUCGCCGAGGAGUGGGAGCAUCAUCGUUGGGAAGCCCAGACCAAACAAUGGAUCCUCAUGUCCCAGGACGAGGAGAAUGAACGCAAAGAUCAAGCCAAGGAGCUGAAAGCGCAGGACCUCGCGCUACAAGAAGAAGAACAAGAGCAAGAGCAGGUGUCUUGA